AACAGGAAGCGUUUCAAUCGAAAACGGUGCAGCUCUGUCAGUAAGUAGUAUCUGUUAUGAACUUAUUUGACAGUAGCUGUAGCAGAGUAUUUGGUCUCUUAACGGUUUUUAUCGCUCUACUCGCUGUUGUUUUUCACUACAUGGAGAAUUCCGAGUCAGCAGAGUACCCCAGGAUGGAUUUAGCUGCAUUGGCGGAAAACUUCAAACAAAAAAAUAAAACUUGUUUCAUUCUCGGUGCAUCAGGAGAGACAGGAAAAGUGCUGUUAAAAGAAAUUGUGCAACGCAAAAUAUUCUCAAAGGUGACCCUUAUUGGACGACGAAAGUUAAACUUUGAGGACCAAAUCUAUGAAAAUCUGGUCCAAGAGGUGGUUGAUUUUGAGAAGCUGGAAGAAUACGCAGCAGCAUUUCAGGGUCAUGACGUUGGAUACUGCUGUCUUGGAACAACCAAAGCCAAAGCUGGAACUGAAGGAUUCAUCCGUGUGGACCAUGAUUAUGUACUCAAGUCUGCAGAGCUUGCCAAAGCUGGAGGUUGCACUCACUUCCAUCUGGAGUCCUCGAGAGGAGCCAACAAAGCCAGCAGUUUUCUCUACCUGAAAACAAAGGGUCAGGUUGAAGCAGAUAUAGAGGAACUAGGCUUUGAACGUUAUUCUAUCUACAGACCUGGGGUUCUCCUGGUGAACAGGGAGGAGAGCAGGCCAGCUGAGUGGUUGGCCCAGAGAUUUCUGAGUGCAGUUUCAUCCAUGUUGCCUGCAAUGUCCAUCCCCAUCACAUCAGUGGCCAGAGCAAUGGUGGUGAACACACUCUGGGAAGGAGAGAAAAAAACAGAGGUCCUUGAGAACAAAGCAAUUUUCAACCUUAGCAAAAUUGGAGAAAAGCAAUAAGACUUUUUUUUAUGCUCAGUUUUAACAAGUGCAACUAUUACUUUAUUUUUGUGCUUAAUAAAGGGAAGUUUUGUGAGACAUUUUAAAGAUUACUGUUUGUAUAACAUUGCAUGGUGAAAUUUUUCACUUGGCUUACAUCAGGAAAAGAGGUGUAUAUUUCAUUUUACAUAUGGAAGGGAAUGAGCUAUAAUUACAUUAUUUUAGUAUUUGUAUUCUGAAUAUUUCUCCUGUUUUUGUUUUUGAUAUAUCAGCAACCCAACAGUAAUGUGCACAUAAGCCUUAAACAACUUUUCUCUAUAUAUGUAGAUUUGAAUAGAAUCAUAAAAGAAAUAGGGGGGGGGGGGAGGCAGCUCAGGGCAACAGAAAGAGCCAAGAAAGCUGUACAUGAUUGCAAGAAAAUGACAGUGGGCAUGUUCAUGUUCUGCCCAGUAAUAUGACAGCUGGACUAAACUUAAAAGCUGAUUUGUGCAUGUCACCAUUCUCAAGUUAUUUGAACUGACACAUAUGCUUUUAGACUACCUCGUUUUUCCAAACUAAGCAGGGCUGUGUAAUGAGCAUGUAAUUCUCAUAGUUUGUAGAUGGGGGUCAAAAAUCCUGCUUGUUUGUCACCAUUUGUGGAGGGACACCUUUUUUGCCUUGGUGUAUGGACAACAAUGUAUGUUUUUGUGGCUGGGUUAUAUGCUAUCAGAAUAAAGUAAAAAUGGCUAUUAAAUUGUA